CUGCUGCAGGACACGCAGCUGAUGUCGCUGGUGGGCGCGCUGCUGCUGCUGGACGUGAUGGUCGUCACGCUGUGGGCCAUCGUGGACCCCAUGGGCCGUCACCUGCACAACCUGACGCUGGAGAUCUCGCCGUCGGACCGGGGCGUGGUGUACCAGACGCAGGUGGAGAUCUGCAAGUCGCAGUACACGGAGAGCUGGCUGGGGGCGCUGUACGUGUACAAGGGCCUGCUGCUCGUCGUGGGCCUGUACAUGGCCUGGGAGACGCGACGCGUCAAGAUCCCCGCGCUCAACGACUCACACUACAUCGGGCUGUCGGUGUACUUCGUGGUCGUGUGCUCUGGGCUGUCCGUCGUCCUGGCGUCGCUGCUGUGGCAGCGCGUCACGCUCGCUUACGUGUGCAGCACGGCGCUCGUCUGGGCCUCCACGACGGCCACGCUCUGCCUGCUCUUCCUGCCCAAGCUGCACGCGCUGCAGACGGGCACCGCGGACCCCGUCGGCCAGUCCAUGGGGCUGCGGCUACAGUACAAUACGCGCAGGUUCGUGGUGGAUGAGGGGCAGGAGCAGCGGUACCGCGUCCAGGUCCAGAACAAGGUGUACCGGCGCGAGCUGGCCGCGCUGCAGGCCGAGACGGCGCGCCUGGAGCUGCAGCUGGAGAGCCCGUCGGUGGCCGUGUCGUCCGCGUCCGUGUCCAUGUCCAUGGAGGACAGCGAGGCGCUGAGCGCGCUGUCGAUGCGCGACGAGCUGUACGCGGCGCGCAUGCACGCGGCGCACCCGCUCGCGCCGCUGCUGCUGCUGGCCGUGCUGCCGCCCGUCACGCCCCGCGCCUCCUGGCCGUCCGCCGCCCCCGAGCGGCCGCGCGCCGCCUCCACGCAGCAGGCGUUCCAGAGCGAGCCGCAGCUGGAGCCGGGGGUGGCGUCGGACCGGCCGGACCACCACUACAUGCGCCGGGAGACGUUCGCCGGCACGGGCACCCCGGCCUCGGGCAAGCAGGGCAUGCUGGGCAGGUUCCUCAACCUGUUCAGCGCCAGGCACACGGGCCUGGACAACCGGGGCAACUCGACGGGCUCCAUCACAGGAAUCACGUCGGCCCUGCGCGCGCACAUGGGCUACAUCGCGGGCCUCGUGCCGUCCGGGGCCGGGACGAGUCGGAGGUAAGUGGCGUGGCA